AGGUCGUGUUUGUACUGGAAGGGGGGGGCACAAGUGUCGCACCGCCAGCUGCUCGUGUCGUUUCCCGGGCUGCUCCGGUUACUAGUACCUCACCUUCGGAUGAGUGAUAAUGAUGGCGAGGAGGAGCCCGUCGGGCGCGGCACCUCCCGGACCCAGGGUCGUGUGCUCCUGUUAAUGAUGUGUGCCGCAGGGAUUGGGGGGACAUUUCAGUAUGGAUACAAUCUCACUAUCAUCAAUGCACCCACCAUGCACAUCCAGAAAUUUGUGAACCAGACAUGGCUAGAGCGCACUGGCGUGGAGCUGCAGAGUUGGGUUAUCACUUUGAUCUGGUCUCUUGUGGUGUCUGUGUACCCUCUAGGUGGGUUCCUGGGAGCACUGCUGGCAGGCCCGUUGGCUAUAAGACUUGGAAGGAAGAAGUCUCUGCUUCUUAACAAUUCCUUCAUAAUGCUAUCGGCAAUCUUGUGUGGGUUCAGCCGGGCUGCAAGAUCCUUUGAGAUGAUUGUGCUGGGCAGGAUACUUGCUGGGAUCAAUUCUGGAGUCAGCAUGAACAUUCAGCCUAUGUAUCUGGGAGAGAGUGCUCCUAAGAAGCUUCGGGGGACAGUAGCUUUGUCUUCUGCAGUUUUUACUGCGCUGGGGCUGGUGAUGGGACAAGUGGUGGGACUCAGGGAGAUCCUGGGAGGCGAGGAGUCCUGGCCUCUGCUGUUGGCAAGUAAUGCUGUUCCUGGCAUCCUGCAGCUUGUGGUUCUUCCAUGGGUUCCCGAGAGCCCUAGAUAUUUGUUAAUUGACUUAAAGGAUAAGGACUCCUGCAUCUCUGCGUUGCAACAGCUGCGUGGCCACUGUGACCUAAGCAGUGAGAUGGAGGAGAUGUUGGCUGAACAGGCUGCCACAGAAGGCCAGAAGCCCAAAAGUCCCCUAGAACUGAUACAAGAGCCAUCACUAAGGUGGCAGCUGCUUGCUAUUGUGGUGCUUAGCAGUGCCAUGCAACUGUGCGGGAAUGACUCGAUGUAUUUCUACGCAUCCUACAUAUUUCAGGAAGCUGGAAUCCCCAAUGAAAAAAUCCCAUAUGUUGUGAUUGGCACUGGAAGCUGUGAGCUGAUUACGUCAGCUACCUGUACUCUGUUCAUUGACCGUGUUGGCCGCCGAGCGCUGGUGAUUGGAGGAUACAGUAUGAUGUCAGUCUGGGCUGUAGUUUUCAUGGUUGCUUUGUCUCAGCAGGAGCGGGUCCAUUGGAUGCCAUAUCUCAGCAUGGUCUGCAUAUUUGCCUACAUUCUGAGUUUUGGAAUCGGUCCAGCUGGGGUUACUGGCAUCAUGCCAGCCGAGAUAUUUGACCAGAUGGCACGUCCAGCUGCUUACAUGAUCUGUGGGUCCCUUAUUUGGCUCAAUUUGUUUGUGAUGGGACUCGCUUUCCCUUUUAUUGUGCAAGGCCUUGGUCACUUCUGCUACAUCCCAUUCCUCAUCGUUUGUGUCACCACUGCUCUGUAUGUUGGAUUCUUCUUGCCAGAGACCAAAGGCAAAACUCUUCUAGAGAUCACAGAGGAAUUCAGACAAAGCAGAGACAAAAAACAGGAAGGGAAAAUUGCCUGGAAUGGACCUCAAGAGAUCAAAUCCACAAUGCUAUGACAACAACCUUAAUGGAAACAGGGGGCAUACAUUUGGACGUCAGUGCAUUCUGUGUCAUCCGUCAGUGAUGUAUAAAACGCACAGGUUUGGUGCUGGCCUCUUGUUCUCAAGGCACUAUAAACUCAUCCUAAAUCUUCCAAUGAAAAUGUUAUAUUUAAUUGGGAGUUAACGGGUGAGGUACAAGAUACCUCCAU